UUGUCAAACGCCGUAAUUUCAUUCCUGCCACCGCACACGUGUUUUAAUAUCAUCGCACGUUUAAUUUUCAUUUCUGCGCGAAAUACUCACAGCUAAAAUGGCCGAAGUAGCUAAAACCCCGAGCGUGGAUGUCCAGGAAGAGGAGGCGCAGGCCGCCGAGGUUGCGGACGCCAAGAAUGGCGACGCCAAGGAGGAACAACCGGCUCCGGCGGCUGAGGAAUCGGAAUCCGGCGGCGACUUCUCCAAACAAGAGCGCGCCAUAAUCCGGCAAGUGGAGUAUUAUUUUGGCGAUGCCAAUCUCAAUCGGGAUAAAUUCCUGCGCGAGCAGAUCGGCAAGAACGAGGACGGCUGGGUUCCACUAUCCGUGCUGAUUACCUUCAAGCGUUUGGCUGCCUUGUCCACGGAUCUUGCAGAAAUUGUGGCCGCCCUCAACAAAUCCGAAGAGGGCCUCGUGGAGAUCAGCGAGGACAAACUCAGCCUGCGUCGCCACCCGGAGCGUCCCAUCCCAGAGCACAAUGAGGAGCGGCGCAAGGAGAUCCAGGAACGCACCGCCUACGCCAAGGGCUUCCCCCUCGAUUCCCAGAUGAGCGAGCUCCUCGAUUUUGCCGCCAGCCAUGACAAAGUGGUCAACCUGACCAUGCGCAAACAUUACGACAAGCCUACCAAGUCGUACAAGUUCAAGGGCAGCAUCUUCCUCACCUUCGAGACCAAGGAGCAGGCCAAGACCUUCCUCGAGCUGGAGAAGAUCGCCUACAAGGAGCGCGAGCUCCUGCGCAAGUGGCAGGUGGAUUAUCUCAAGGAGAAGCAGGAGGAAUACGCCCAGAAGAAUGAGAAGCGGAAGAACAAGAAAGAGGCUAAACCGGAGCCGGCCUUCGAGCUGCCCAAGAACGCCAUUGUGGUCUUUGAGGGUGCCCCCGAGACUUCAAGCCGCGAGGAGAUCCGCGAGGCCUUCGAGAAAAUCAAGGACUUCGAGGUGGCCUACAUCGAGUUCGCCAAGGGCGAAACUAAAGGCUCCGUGCGUCUGACCCAGGCGGAUGCGGCCGAGAAGUACAUCGCCAAAGUGGAGGAGGGCAAGCUCAAGUUCAACGAUGAGGUCUCUCUGACGCUGCGGAAGGCCACAGAGGAGGAGGAGAAGGAGUUUAUCGACAAGGCCAUCGAAUUCAUGAAGAAGCGUCGCGAUUUCACCCGCAACAAGGGAAAGCGUUUCAACCGCAAACGCCACGGCGGAAACGACCACAAACACGGGCAUAAGAAGUCGCGUGGAGAUUAACUCUUCCGCCACCCGAGUCCCUUCAUGGCAGUAGACCAAGCUUAACUGUUACUCGGUAGAUCUAGUUGACCUAGCUUUAAGCUCUUACUUAUAUAACAUAUGCUUUCUUGUAGUUUGCGAAAAUAAUCGUAAGAGAUACAGAAUAUUCUCCAAAAAAUAUGUAUAGUCUGUUACAUAGAUAACGAGAUGAACUCUAAUUUAUUUUACAUAGAAGACUACGAAUCCAUUUGUUUCUUUAAACAGAAAGCUAAAAAUAAAGAUCAGUUUGUAAAACCCGAA